ACAAAACUCUAAAACCCUAAAAUGUUCAGAACUAGAAUCCCUAAAAUCACCAUGUAACCACUGCCGCCGGCGCCUUCCACCUUCCACUGCCGCCGCCUUCGACCUUCCACCGCCGCCUUCCACAACAGAACAAGUUCGCCUCUCAACAACAGAACAAGCUUCGCCUCUCAACAACAGAACAAGCUUCGCCUCUCAACAUAACAAUGCUUCGCCUCGCAAAGCUUAACCCACUGUUAAGCUCACCACUCUCAUCAUCUUCCUCCGGUCACCAACUCAUUCAACGCUGCUCCGUUAGCCGAACAGCAAAAGGAAAAGGAAAAGCGGGUCAAACCCUUAAACGUUCCAAAGUAACAACAAAAAAACCCGGAUCGGAACCAAAACCCGGAAUUCCAACCGGAUCACGGGAGAAACAAGAACGCGAACGCAUCUACGCGCAAUGCAUCAACGCGCCAACUCCACUUCGCCACCUCAAACCGAAACAACGCGAACGCGAAGCGGAAAGGGAAAAAUUAGGGUUAAUUAGCAAGGAUCGACAGCGUGAAAUCGACAUGGCGAAGAAGAAGAACCAGAAAUACAAAGUUUCUGAGAAACCUACGAUAAUUGGAACACCGGGUUUGGAUUACGUGACGUUAGGUUUGGUUGAUGUGGAGAAAUUGCCCAAGUAUGAAUUAACGGUUGAAGAUGGGAGGAGAUUGGCGAAGGAGUAUAGUAGGGUUUUGAUGAGGAAGCAUAGAGCGAGACAAGCUGCGGAAUCGACACUUUUGAGGUCGAAAAAGGAAGCUAUUGAAGCUUUGCCUGAGGGUUUGAAAGAAGCUGCUUUGGUGCCUGAUUUGUCACCUUUUCCUAUGAAUCGUUUCAUGGCUACUCUUACUCCUCCUAUUGAGGGUUAUAUUGAAAAAGUUAGGGAAGCUGCUAAUAGGAUCAGUGGAAAGGAGAAGAUUAGAUAGAUGGGUCAUUAAAGAUGAACUAUUGUGUUUCUGAAUGCUGUGAAAACCUGAAAACAUAGCCGAGGAGGAACCAAAGGCUCUAAACUAUGUUCCAGAGGUUAUAUUGAAGAAGAGGAAAAAUAGUGAAACAUGGGCAUUAAGAAAAAAGGCACAAUUCCAGCAAAAAGGUUUCCAAUUCAGGAAGUCCAAUGACUUCAUAAAAAAACCUGAGGAUUUCAUUUUUGAAUAUCGCAACAGGGAGGUGGACCUUCUUUGAAUGAAACGAAGGCUCAAGGUGGUCAAGAGGAAACUGCCUGAACCAUCGACCCCAAACAAGCCCAUAAUAGUCAUUUGUAUACAGGAAACAAGACAUGCAUCCUACAACCAGAAAACAUUUAUUAAGUUUGGGAUUGAGAAGAAUAUUCAGUGCUGUCUUAGUGAAGCCAACUGAUGGAGUAAUGGCCAAGCUGCUGAGAGUGGAACCAUAUGUUACCUACGGAUAUCCAGAUUUAAAAGCAUAAAGAAGCUAAUUUACAAGAAGGGGCGUACGAAAAUAGAUAAGCAGAAAGUUCCUUUGACAGAUAAUAACAUUAUUGAGCAGGAAUUAGGGAAGUUCGGUAUUGUAUGCAUAGAAGACACGGUGCAUCAAAUUGACAAUGUUGGUCCACACUUUAAGGAAGUUGUAAGAUUUAUGUGGCCCUUUGACCUCAACAAGCCAGCAGAUGGAUUGAAAGGAUCGAAAUCCUGAUUUAAGGUUGGUGGAGAUGCAGGGAACCGUGAGGAUCUCAUCAACGAGCUUAUGAAUAAAAUGAAUUAGGUCUCGGGCACAAUAUACUAUUGGUGCUAUCAAAGUUUUGAUGAUUUGUGGUGUACCUUACAUGAAUUUUGAUGGUUUGUCACUGAAGAACCAAAUGAUUUAGUUGGGAGUCAAAUUAGGACUAUUUAACAACACUUGAAUUUAGUUUGAUUUUGUUGUGUUAUAUGUUGGAUAAUUUCUAUAUUUUGGACAAUUUGAACUUAGACUGUGUUGUUCGGAUAAUGUAAAAUGUGGUUUUGAAGAUAUAUUAUGUAAUAUAAUGUGUUGUUUUGGACAA